UCCCUCCUCCCGCUCCGCGCACGCAACGAAUAGAAGCGGAAGCGAAGCGAAGGAGAGAGAGGAGGAAACAAAAAAGCAUACCACCGCAAGUGGAAGACGACGACGAAGCGGGCGGCACCGCACCGCACCGAGGUGGAGGAGGAGGAGGCCCGGAGGCUUUCGUUGGAGUGCUACGUCACGCACGUCGCCGUCAAGGAGCAGCGGAGGGUUCUCGCGGGCGCGGUUUGGCUCGGCUCGGCUCGAUCGAUGGUGGCGAGCUGAGCUGCACGGAGCGCUGGGGCGGCGGGAGCUGGGGGAAGGCGAGGAAGACGAGGAGGAGGAGGAGGAGGAUGCGCAAGUCGUUCAAGGACUCGCUCAAGGUGCUCGAGGCGGACAUCCAGCACGCCAACACCCUGGCCUCGGAUUUCUCGAGGGAUUAUGACGGGGCUUGCCUCCAGAUGCGGAUGUCGUACAGCCCGGCCGCGCAGUUCUUCCUCUUCCUGGUGCAGUGGACGGAUUGCAGCCUCGCCGGUGCUCUUGGGCUGCUGAGGAUUCUAAUUUAUAAGGUUUAUGUAGAUGGAACGACCACCCUGUCAACUCAUGAAAGGAAAGCAAGCAUUCGGGAAUUCUAUGCUGUUAUAUUUCCCUCACUGAUGCAACUACACAAGGGUAUCAGCGACAUCGAUGACCGGAGGCAGAAGGCAAUUUGUACCGAGAGAUACAGAAGGAGAGAUGAUGAUCAGAACAAGAGGCAGGUUUCUGAGAUUGAUGUCGAAAGAGAAGAAGAGUGCGGUAUUUGCAUGGAGAUGAAUAACAAGGUUGUGUUGCCCAACUGUAGCCAUGCUAUGUGCAUGAAGUGUUACCGUCAAUGGCGCUCAAGAUCUCAGUCCUGCCCUUUCUGCCGUGACAGCCUCAAAAGAGUAAAUUCUGGUGAUCUGUGGAUGUUCACAGAUGACCGAGAUGUUGUUGACAUUGCAACGGUGACUAGAGAGAACCUUAGGCGCCUAUUUAUGUACAUUGAGAAGCUGCCUCUCGUUGCACCGGAUAACAUCUUCUAUGCCUAUGAUUCUCAUAGGAUGUUCCUUGUCCUAGGAUGUGGCUAACCCAGGAGCAGACUAUGAACUUUGACAAGAUACCUUCUGAAUUCUGACUAGGGGAUACUGUGGUCAGAUGUUGUAAAUGCUUGUACAGAUUUAUAGUAUGCAGUGGAAAAAGUUUAGGGAUGGAAAACCUUGUGUUCUACUUUAAACUCUUAAUGAGAAUUCUUAGUACAUGCUCAUUUAAAUGCUUAUAUGAACACCGUGACAGUUUCUUUA